AUGCAGUACGCUCAUAUGUUUGGGAGCCGACCCGUUGAUGUUCCUGCCGUGAUAGCGCAAGAAGCCCAGCUCGUGUGGAACGUGCUUCCCAUUUGCAUCCGUGCUGCUGAGCGCAACUACUUCGCGCGUCCAUUGGUGGCCAUUCAACGAACUCGCCAAGAGACCGUAGCGUGGCUCCGAGUUCUACUACAAGAAAUCGAACUUCACGACGCACAGCGCCAGGACAUCAUAUUCUGGAUGACAGUGCCUUAUCUUUCACUACCAUCUUCCUGCUCGGGGCAAGUGCUCGAGUUCUUGUUUCCAUCUGUGCUGCCCACGACAAGCGUCGAGCUAGUCUUGCAGUCUCCCAGUUGGAUUCUAAGCGACUCUGACGAUGAUGAUGUUGAGUUUGAUGACCUUCGGCAUGAUGAGAACUUCGAAGCUUUGAAGAGCCGUAGUGAGCAAGAGCGCAAGCUCUUGGAUCAGGUUCAACAGAUGUGCGGUGAGUUCAUGUGUUCCAACAUUCGUGCGUGCGGCCACAUCCAUUUUCUUCGUCAUCGUCAGACGAUCUGGCCAGUUUCAGUACGCGAAACAGCUGUACGAUGGUCACUCUGA